AUGUCGGGCAUCUUUGACAUGCGCCGGAAAGGCUCUGGCUGCGAAGCGGCUUCGCUCUUGUCCGAGCACGGGCUCCUGCUCCGGCUGCGAAGCGGUGUGGCCUGUGAGAUCUGUGGCCGGCUGUACUCGCGCGCCCUCUCGCUGGAACACCACAAGAAGGUGCACGAGGGCCUGACCACGUGUCCCCGUGCGUUCGCCUGCGACGUGUGUGGCCGGUUCUACGCGCACGCCGUGUCUCUGGGGCUGCACAAGAAAGUGCACGAGGGCUUGACGACGUGUGCGCUCUGUGGAAAGGUGCUCAACAAAGUGGCCGAUUUGAGGGCGCAUCUGCGCCAGGUUCAUCGGCUGUCAAAAGACGACGUCAAGAAAAUUGUUCCACAUCGGCCGCUGUUCUGCGAUGUCUGCGGUCGCAAGUACUUCCACGUGAGCUCCCUGGCGCUGCACAAGAAGGUUCAUGAAGGCCUGACGACGUGCGUCAUCUGUGGCAAG